AACUCUUCAGCGGUGUUUUCAAUAACUCGCCACAGAAACUUCAGCCUCUGCUGCUACAACGCUGCCCUCACACACUUCCAACGGAGUUCGGUGCCAUGUUGGAUUAAGCUCCGUUAACUUGUGUGAUCCGGUCGGUUUUCCUGCAGGGACAAUGAGCCGCUGCACAUCGAGCGAUUAGCGGGUGAGAACAGUUCAGUGCAGGGCUGCAGUGUUUGCACUGUGACCUGUGGGCUUGAGCAAAGGCGGCGCAGAGGACACGGGGACGGUACACGACCAUGGAUUUCGGCAAUGAUGUGGACCUGUCCAACAAUAACAUCACCCCUCUGUGGAAACGACGCUCAGACAAGAAACCCCAGGACUCGGGCAAACACAAGGCGCGACCCCUCAGCUACCACAUCAGUGGGGUCACGACAACGGACUUCCCCUUGGAGGACAACAGGUAUUCCCUGACCUCGGGCCAACCUGCUGAGAGGCUGGCGGCCGCACCUCCGUGUUCAGGCAGUAGCAUUGCAGUGUUGAAGCACAUUCUUAACAAGCCCUCCAGGAAAUCCCGGGUCAUUCGAAGCAUCAGCAUCGGGCACCUCUCCAGCGGACGCUUCUCCCUGUCCAGAUUUAGGACUGAGGACAGCAAAUCCGCUUCAUUGGACAAUAGAAAGCGUAAUGGAGACUGUGACAAAGGGAAAAGCAGUAAUGAAAAGCGUCUCCUGGACUCCCAGAUAUGCAUCUCCAGUCCUUUCACUCUGAAUUCACAGAAGGACCAGAUAGCAUUUGGGUCAAAUUCAUCCUCACCCGAAAGUGACCCUCUCAACUGUUCCACUCCUGACCUAUCCCAACACACUGCCAACAGCAACUACAACCACCAUGAACUGUGCUCUCUUUCAUCCACGUCCAGCUCCUCUCCCCCCGUCUGCCGCACCCCUACCCCUUCCCACAGCUCCACAUCCAGCAUCCCCUCCCUCUCUUCCCUCACCUCCUCAGACCCCCCUACCCCACGCUCCCCAUCACCGGCAGACAGAGGACAUCCGAUCCUUAAACAGUCUUCCGCCUCGCCUGCCCCGUCACAGGACAGUAGGCAUGCCUCUUCCUCCUCGUCCAUCUUAUCCACUUCACCCUCCCUCUCUCCGUCUAUCUCUCCCUCUCCCUCCAUCAUCCUCAGCACCCACAGUCAAGCUGCCCUGAAAAUGGGCACCCAGCAGCUCAUUCCCAAGGGCUUAGCAUCUGAUAGUCGCCAGAGCAAGGUGCCUCCCUCUGGGCAGCAAGGCCAAGGUUUGGCAGGUCUGCUGGGGUUGGAUCAUUCCAAGAGAGCCCUGAAAUCCCUAAGUAUGGUGGAGAUUGGACCCUACUUUUCCACCGGCGGGAACCAGGGUGAAGCUGCAGAGGGAGAAAGUGACAGCCCGGGGUCACUCAGGAGGGGCUUGAGGAGUACCUCCUAUAGGAAGGCUGUUGUGACUGGAGACGACUCUGGGGUAGAGCCUAAGGUGCCCUGGUUGUCCCAUCCUGUUUUCCAAGUGCAAGAUGUGGAUAAUCCAGCGUCACCAAGCAGCCCAGUAAGUCCUGGCACUUUAAGCCUCUCCAGCCCUGGAGCAGCCAAACCUGGGAGCCCUAGGACAACUAAGCUUGCCGGUCCUAGGACACCCAAACUAACCAGCCCCAGGUUGUUAAAGCUCGCUAGUCCUGUGACAGAAAAGCCUACAAUUUCUUGGAAAAAUAAGAAUCCAAAUAAGAAGAAAGUUUUGACCAAUCAGCGGACAUUUGACAGCGAGGAGGAGGAGCUGUAUCAGAACUACAAAGAGAAGGCCUUGCACAAUGAUUCAGAUGAGGAUGCUGAAUCCAGAGAGCCCAGCUCUGAUAAUGGCAUCGUGGUGCAGUACAGACCCAUACGCACCUCCUGGAGCCAGCUCAGUGUGGUAAAGAAAAAUGGUUUGUCCGACCGGAUGAGUCUGGAGGAACGCAAAAUACAAGAGGCCAUUUUCGAGGUGAUCUCGUCGGAGCACUCCUACCUCCACAGUCUGGAGAUCCUGAUCCGCAUGUUCAAGAACUCUGAGGAGCUCAGCGAGGCCAUGACCAAGACCGAGCGCCACCACCUCUUCUCCAACAUCAGCGACGUCUGUGAGGCUAGCAAGAAAUUCUUUAAGGAAUUGGAGGAAAGACACCAGCAGAACAUAGUCAUCGACGACAUCAGCGACAUUGUCUGCAGGCACGCUCAGUCCAACUUUGACCCCUACAUCACGUACUGCUCCAAUGAGGUCUACCAGCAGAGAACCCUGCAGAGGCUGGUGUCCAAGAGCCCGGGCUUUAAGGAGGUGCUGACCCGGAUCGAGAGCCACCCGGACUGCAGGAACCUCCCCAUGAUCUCCUUCCUCAUCCUGCCCAUGCAGAGGAUCACCCGCCUGCCCCUGCUCAUGGAUACAAUUUGUCAGAAGACGCCUAAAGACACUGCGCAGUAUGAAGAGUGUAAGAAGGCGUUACAAGCAGUCAGCAAGGUGGUAAGAAAGUGUAAUGAAGGAGCUCGCACAAUGGAAAGAACAGAGAUGAUGUACACCAUCAACUCUCAGCUGGCGUUCAAGAUCAAGCCGUUCCCCCUGGUGUCCUCCUCCAGGUGGAUGGUGAAGAGAGGGGAGCUGACGGCCUUCGUGGAGGACAACGGCAUCUUCCUCAAGCGGACGCAGCGGCAGCAGGUCUACUUCUUCCUCUUCAACGACGUCCUCAUCGUCACCAGGAAGAAGAGUGAGGAGAGCUACACCGUGAUCGACUACGCGCUGAGGGACCAGAUCUGGGUGGGGUCCUGCCAGCCGGAGGAUGUCAACCUGUCCCCGGUCAGAAGCCACUCCAGCAUGCUCAGCUCCCGGCAGCCCGGCGCCAAUCAUCUCUUCAGUCUGCGCUUCCGCAGCAACCACUCCGGGGAAAAGGUGCCCAUGAUCCUGGGCACGGAGCUGCUAAAUGAGCGCGCUCGAUGGAUCAGCGGUCUGGGCCACAACGUCAACAACAGAAAGAGUGAAGAUAGAAUCAACGCCAUGCAGAUGGAGGUGAUCCGGACGUACACAGCCAAGCAGCCGGAUGAGCUGUCGCUGCAGGUGGCCGACGUGGUGCUGCUCUCACAGACUGUGGAAGACGGCUGGUGCGAAGGUGAGCGACUGCGUGACGGCGAGCGGGGGUGGUUCCUCGCCGAGUGCGCCGAGCCCAUCACGUGUCAGGUGACCAUCGAGCGCAACAUGCAGAGAAUGGACCGCCUGCAGGGGCUGGAGACCAACGUGUGAGCCAGCCAGCUGCCUGGACCACAGAGGGGUCCAGGCAGCUGUUGGUGACCCUUUGACACAACAGUGAGCUGCCUUAUGAAGUGGUGAACCCGGACGAAUGAGUUCAGCAAGAACACGAGUGACCCCGCCCGCUGGGACCAAUGCGUGCGAGCUGUGGGGCUGCUGGGACUAAGAUGAAGCCACAAUUCAGCGGCUCAACGCAAAGACUGGAGUUCAGAGCAGACGCAGAGGAAGGACUGAUUUUCCUUCACUGGUGCUCUGUCCUCGUGUGGGUGGGCUGCUGGGUUUGAUGGUGGGAUCUGUCACAUUCUCUAAUUACCUGGUUGUUUUGGGAAACGUCACGCCCACGGCCAAAGUCCCUGAAGUUCUAAACCUUGUUGUUUUUUUUCCGAACAUAUUUUUUAAGUGAUGUGUGAAGUCAUAAUUUAGACAACAGCACCAGUGCUAUCGGACACAAGGUGGGAGAAAUAGAACGAAGAUGACAGCAGCCUGAUGUCUGGGAAUGAGGCUCAGGACAUGUAAUCAGGAGCUCUGCCAGUAACAAUGUAACUGGUUUGUGAAAGUGAUAUUGAUGCAGGAGGGUGAGAUUUGGCAGCUUCUUUACAGCGUGUGGAUUCAGUUUCAGAAGUUUGCAAACUCUGCUGACCCCGUUUUGGUUUGAAAACCUCUGGGGCUGUGUUGGGUCAGAACGGAGAAGUUUGAAACAACGACCAAGUCACCUCACUGAUGGGUUCGCAUUAGU